AUGGUUGAUAUCCAUGGUCUGCUUCCAAUUGAGCAAGGCCGCCCGCUCAAAAGGGCAAAGUUGCUUAGGAAAGGAGGAAUUGAAUUCAACAAGGUGAUGGAAACUUUGCCUGACGGGCCAACAAGUGUAGAAGGGCUGUUGGAGUGGCCCAGCUAUGUGCUGCGCCAAAUUGUUGGGAGUGAGGAGCGAAAGGCCAGGCUCUUCCAUUGUUUGGGUAGAGGCCUUGAGGUCACCUCAGCCUACAGCGGCAUGGACUGCCCCAGGGAAGUGUUGGUUCAGAUCUGUGAGAUCAUGAGGACAAAGUACAAAACGUAUGUACCACUCAGCUUCAUUCACGCGUGUGAUCUUGCGCCAGGCCCUCAGAAAUGCUUGACAUGGCUAGCCAGGCAUAUCGAUGGUGGCAGGAGUUGCGUUUUUGGCAACUUGGAAGACAGGCUGGGAGAAGAGUGCUUGAACCACCUUGAUAGCCUGUCUCCACCCGCAGAGGCUUACCCGGCUGACAAAGCUGCUGCUUAUCAUGCCAUGUUCAAGUAUUUGUGUGAGAAUCGAGGAACCUUGUUCCAAAAGCUUGCAACGUCAUGGUGUCUAGUGCACCACAGGCAGUGUCGUUUGUUGAGUGAGUCAUGCUUGCAUGAUGAGUUUGACAGCCAAGAGGUGGAUUCCAUCAAUUCAGCGCCUUUGCACCAUCCUUUGCGGAUUCAUUUUGCAGGAACUGUGUGCAAGGGAUGGUCCAACUGUGGAUCCCGUGCAUACUUCGCACAUGAAUCUGAACGGGUUCACUCUGUCUGGUUGUCAGAGAGAAUGGAGAGAGCCAGUCAGGGUGUUGAAGACCUCUUCAUCCAGGAAUGUGUGCCAGCCUAUCCAAUAUGGAAGUUGCGUGAGCCUCUUGCGGAGUCACAUCAUGUCUUGAAGGUGGUCACAGGACCAGAGCUCCAAGGAUGGCCGACCAGUAGACCCAGGUCUUUCACAGCAGCUUUGAACAGGGAGAGGUGGCAGUGGACAGGACCACUGACAGAUGCAGAGGUCCAGGCUGAGUUCGAUGCCUUGUUCCAGCGAAGCACGAAACUUACCGGUGACUGCUUCUUCACUGCUCCAGACCAGAUGGUCAGGGCAGAUUGUUUUGCCCGUCUCAAGAGACGAGGAGGGCCUGUUGAUGUUGGGCAGGCUUUGGUCUUCAAUAAAGACUUGUUGGUGUCAACGUUGCCUCCUGGAGCAUCGCAAAGGCUUGCUGCCUAUGAGUUGGACAGGGUUGAGAAGCAGUCCAUCUACGACACUUGCUACAUUUGUGAUUGCCAGCAAUGGCCUGAAACAGGCUGCAGUGUGGCAGGGCCCUUCUUCCCCUGCCAGCUGACACAUGGGACUAUUGUUUCCUUCAACCACUCCAGGCCUGCUGUGCCUUUCGAACAUUUGCUUGCGCAGGGUUUUCACGUCUUUCCCAAGGAGGCAGACCCACACCGAGCCACCUUGUUGCCACUCUUCCAGUCCUUAUCGCCUUCUGAAAUUGUGAGCUUGUCCGGAAACGGAAUGUCUCUCCCAGCCAUUGCAGCGUGGGUCACGUAUGUGCUAUCCAACAUGCAACCAGUGGCACGACUGACCAUGAGCAUGAUGCAGAAGGGAUCGAGUUCUGAUUUGAUGGGGACUCCAGUCAUCAUGGUUGAUGAUUCCCAGGAAUCCCAAGAUUCCCAAACAUUGUUCUGA